AUGCCGCCGGGCAUGGUGCCCCCUCCAGGCGCCUUCCCGGGCGGGUUCCCGGGCGGGUUCCCGGGCGGGUUCCCAGACAUGGGUGCCACGCUCACACAGCAGAAGGCCUUCGAGUACGAGCAGGAGAAGGCCAACUCGCAGCAGAUGGAGCCAGAAGUGGUCGAGUUAGCGCACCACUUCAACCUCACCGACAGGCACGCUAGGAUGCUCAACGAGCAGUUGAAGAAGCGAAAUAACACUUAUGAGGAUCGAAGACAUAGAUGCCAUGUACGAAAUCCUCAAGGGGGCCAAGAACCCCGAUCUGCUGAUGGUCAGCAUCAGGUGGAUGUCGGAAGGCGUGUUCAGAGGAACAUUGACUCCGAAUAG